AUCUUAUCUGUCCAUGAGGCCAUAAUUCAGUCAAGAAAGAAGAUAACAAACUUUCAUAGCAGAAAGCAUAACGACACAAAAAAGCUUAUCUAUCAAUUUUAGCAGCAAUAUUGUGAGGCUCUAGUUUAGCCAAGAUAACAUGGCCCGGAACAGUAGACCUUGUUGCAGAAGAUACCAUAAAGUAUGAAGAAGAAGACAGAGCAUGAAGAAGAUGAAUAUCAGCGUGAUCUUGAAAUACUCAAGGCUGUGGCACAAGCAUGGCAUGGUCAUUCUGGAAGUUCAAGGUCUACCAAUGAAUACGAUGCAUAUCGCCAAAAUUUUCAAAGCAAGCCUUCUCGGUUCAAGCUAGAAGCAAUGAAGUCAUCAGCCAAGAGGGUUGAGAGUGUAAGUUGGGAUUUCAAGCAAUCACUGUGGGAUUCCUAUGAGAUUGUGAAUAUGUCCAAAAGGUUGGAGAGAGAGCUUGUUUUGGAAGAUCCAUUUAGUGGGCUAGAUACUCGAAGAAGGGUGUAUAGUAAGAAAAGAGAGAGUAAGAACAGUCUUAGAAAUUUGUUUAAUGUCAUGUCUUCGAGGAGAUUCAAUGAGGCUGAAGUUCCUCGUGAAGAUAACAAUCAAUUUUGAUGUUACAUUUCAUUAGUUCUGUCUUGUUCUUGACUUCCAGCUUAUGUUAGUUCUAUCUCCAGGUUUUGCAGUGAAGAAUGCUAGCAAGUGCAAUCUUCAUUGAAAAAAUCUGACAUGACAAUUCAAGUUUUGUUUUGCAGGUUGAUUUCACACUUUAGCCUAAGAGGAAAAUUAAAAUCAAAUUCAUAUGCUGUGCUUUUAGUGGCAUGGAAAUGUCUUGCUACAAGUAUUUGCCUUGUCAUGAAACCACAUCACAAACAACCUAAGACUUGUAUUGGCAGACAAAGUAUUUUCAGUAAUGCAAAACACUUCGGUAUUUUUCUCCGAAUCAACAUAUUUUCUUUUCUUCAGAGCUAUUAAUCAUAACAGCAAUUUGUAAAGUAGAAGAGCAUUGCUAGUUUAAAACCAGCAGAUUUGUUAUGAUUUAUUUUUUAAUUAUUUUCCUUGAGAAGGAGGCCAGUACAAGCAAAAGAUGAAAUUGCAUGAUAGCAAUCAAUUUUGAUCCUUGAUUUGUCAACAUCAGAUGAGGCAUAUUGUAAUAGAAUUCAGGAUUCUGUCAGUUUAUUUGCACCUGAAAUUGGAAAGGGUGUGUUGUUCUUUACUCAAUUAUUGUGAUCUGGUCCUGGUCCUGGUCAUGGUAGAUUCCCUGUAAAGAAUUUCAACUGCUGACCACACAACGUCUCCAGAAUUUGAUUGCAGCUCUCCAGCAACCUGAUGACUGUACUGAAAUAAGGUAAGCUAACAUGAUCUCAUCAUGGUCGAAUUAUUGAUUAAUAUUCCCGCUGAAUUGGGAACAAUGACCGAAUCCCCACUUAAUUCUAGGCCGGUGUCGACUGUAUGAUAUUGUUGUCGUUGAUUGAUGGACAUAUUUGCCACAAGAAUUUCUUUGUAGUUCAGGUUUCUGCUGGAAAAUACCAGGACUAGUACCUCUUUAUGCGCCGAUAGGACCAUAAUCAAGUAGUAUCUGCCAUAUUCAAUGCCAGUUCUAAAGACCGUCUCUCAUCAUCUGUUUCCAGCAGAACCUCCAAAAGUUAAUGAUUUAUUAAUCAAAUCUGACAACUGAACAUAAAACCAGUCAGGCAGUCAGAAACUCAGAGGUCAUGAAUUAGCUGCAUCGAAAGACAUAUGUUUGACAAGUCACUGGCAAUGGUGACUGAAAGUGCAUUCAUUGUAUUGGGCAGGUGGCUUGUAGCAGCAGCAACAGUUUCCAGCAGUUCCUGGUUUAAUGAGCUACCAAGCAUUUCUACAGGCCUUGCAUGAUUAUUUUGUUUUCACCAAUACACUUCAGAUUUUUUUUUUUUUAUUUCACAUAUUCUUAAACUAUCUGCAUAAGCCUGGAUACUUCAAAGGAAAGAAGGGAACAUAUAAAACAUUAACGGGUUAAAGAUGUUAUAUAUCUGCUAUAUAAUUGAUUCUGGCAACAUGUAUCAUGCAUGUAUUUCAGAGAAUCUCAAGCAUCGACAAACUGUGAGAUUCAGAACUUGAUGUAAUAAUAAUAAUAAGGCGAAGCAUCGUUUGUAA